AUGUCUUCCAACCUCGCUCUAUACAUACCCUCGCCGCACGCGCCCUUCUCCCUGGGCCACGCUGAGAUCCCCGAGCCUGGCCCGCACGAGCUGGUCAUCAAGAACACCUCGGUUGCUCUGAAUCCCCUCGACUAUAAGAUCCAGCAGAGCAGUGCGUUCCCCGUCUCGUACCCGUACAUUGCGGGCGUCAGCUUUGCAGGGACAGUCGAGAAGGUCGGAUCAGCUCUGCAGACGAAAUUCCGUCGUCUGGAUCGAGUCGCUGCCGGGCGGAUUUCCUCACACUCCGAACCAGGCGAGGGAGUCUUUCAACAGUACGUGCUGGCUCACGAAGAUGCUGUUGCCAAAUUAGAUGAAACCGUAUCUCUGGACGAUGCCAGCGCAGUCAUUCCCAGCAUCAUCUCUGUCGUCGGAGCGCUCCACGUGUGCAUGGGCUUGUCUCUCCCAGACCUAAACCAUACCCAUAACCAAAACCACGAAAAGAAGAUUCUCGUUUAUGGCGGAUCGUCGACUCUAGGCAUGCGAGCUGCAGAGUACGCCAUGCAAGCCGGGUACACGGUCGUGACGACCUCGUCGCCAGCAAACCGCGCGCAGGUCAGUCGGUUCUGUCCGCAGGCUGUUGCGAUCAUCGACCACACCAUCCCGGUGGAGGAAGCGCUCGUCAAGGCAAUAGUCUCUGAGGGUCCGUAUGAUUAUAUCUUCGACGCCAUCGGGACGCCUGCCACCACAUCCAUCGUUGCCAAAGCUGUCCUCCAGCUUAACUGCACCAGCAGUACCACCACCACCACCACGAUCUGGAGUAGCCGGCCUGGCGGUACAGAGGAUCUCCUUGGUGGAGUACAGCGACGAGGCGAGAGCUAUCCACACUUUGUUGAAGAAGACGAAGGUGUCCGACGGUGGUUGUUUGAGGAGUAUCUUCCCCUGGGGCUGACAAGCAAGACGAUCAGCGUUCCGGAUAUCGAAAAGGUCGGCGGUGGUUUGGGCAGCAUACCUGGUCUGCUCGAUCGAAUGAGAGGGGGAGGCAUCUCUGGGAAGAAGCUGGUUGUUGAUCCGUGGGAGACUGAGCAGUUUUAA